ACCCGAUGGCUCGAGCUCGCUUGGCUCGAAUUUCCGGUUGGCUCAAACUUUCCUCGAAGCACUGAUUUUUUAUUGCUAUAUAUUCAUAUAAAUUUCUGUCGAAUGGCUCGAAUUCGCGAGAGUCGAAUUAUCGGAUGGCUCGAACUGUUUUCACAGUCCCGGUCACAAUUUUCACACGUUCUUUUGUUAGUUUGGCUCGAACUCGCUUCGGGUGGAAUAAAGCUGAUAUUCGAAAGGAGCGCUUGAUUAAAGGCAAGUCAUAAUUGCAAUUAUGUCAGCGACUCAAUCGUUGAUUUAGUUGAGCAAAAGAUACCAUUUUGUAUAAAAUAUUACGUUCUUUUUGUAAAUGCACUAUUAUUAACUCUGGAAAGGCUGCAUCGCACAAUGUACACUGUCAACUUGAUGGAAUAGAAAGCGUUGUAUCUCUACGACAACUCCUGAACAAAAUACAUACUGACAUGAUGUUAUUCUUAAAAGAGGAAGCGAAUAAAUAAAUACAUGUAGUGCAGUUUAAUAUUAUCAUAUAAAUGAUAUCAGCAAUUUGUAUACAGCGCGUAAGCAUGAUUUGUUUUACUUGCUGCUUCAAACAUGUCCCCGUACAUGUAACAUUUGCUACGUAAACAACGUGCCGAUAAAAUAUACAUUGAGUAUAUGAUAUUUUUUUACUGUAUUUGAAAUUGUUUUAUAACAAUAGUACGUAUAAACUUGUAUUUGGUUCUUAUUGAUUCAAAAGCAGAAAGUAGAAAGGAGCUUGGGCAGUAUGAAUACUUCGACUGGAGAUGUAAAUUUAUUGCAGAUUCAUGCUAGUAAACAUAAGUGUACUAGAAAUUGGAUGGCUCGAAUUCCGGAUGGCUCGAACUUUUGUUAUCGGUCCCGGCGAGUGCCAUCGGGUUUCGAGUGUACUACUACUACUACUACUAAUAAUAAUAAUAAUUAAUAAUAAUAAUAAUAAUAAUGAUAGUAGUAGUAGAAGUAGCAGUAGUAGUACGCGUAAUGUUGCGUAAGCGGGAUGACAUUCGCUAAAAAGUAUUUAAAAGGGAUUUGCUGUCAAGUUCUUUGAUAUUAAACGACAGGAAAUGUCGCUGUUUUGUACCUGAUGGAAACAAAUAUAUGACUUUUUUUCUAAGGUAAAGUGCGGCUUGCAGAUGGAGGAAUGAAUUGGGGAAGAGUUGAAGUCUUCUACAACGGCGAAUGGGGAACAGUGUGUUAUAAUGGAGCUAAUGAUGCUUUUGUAAAUGUGCUAUGUAAAGAGCUUGGGUUGAACAAUGGCAAAUUGAUGGAAUUUGAAUCUACUGUGGAAGGCAUAGACAAACUAUUGUCAGAUGGAUUUAUUUGCGCAGGAAACGAAUCGUCUAUCGUUAAUUGUACACACAAUGAUUGGGGCCUCUCUUACUGUUCUCACUGGAGCGAUGUUGGCGUGAUAUGUUAUGUUAAUGAUUGUGUGCAAAAUCCGGAAAUUAUCACCAGACACAACACAAGUGGGGAUUUGACUAUGUACGGUUCUGUUUUGAAAGCUUCAUGCAAUCCUGGAUACACGACGUCACAUAACUUGACUGCAAACUAUAUGAGAUGCAUGCCACACGGCGAAUGGGAGGAAAUCCGAUGUGAGAAGACGUAUGAUCUAACGUUUGAUAAACCCACAACCGAUCGGAUUCCUGUACAAUGCCAUUCGAGCGUUGAUUUCAAUGGUUUUGAAUGGCCAUCAGUUGCUGCAGGGACCAUUGCAGCUGACAAAUGCUCGGACGGAUACUCUGGUAAAAUGACAAGAACGUGCAAUACAAGUGGUUAUUAUGGCAACCCUGUGUACAACUGCACUAAGCAGGCUAUUUAUGCGCUAUUAAACAAGGUUAAAAACAAUGUGAGUGCAGACGACGUUAAAGAAACAAUAAAUGAUUUGAGGAAUGAAAUCCGCACCAGUCUGCAUGACAACAAGACGUCUGUGGAGAAGACGACACUUCAUGUUGGUGAUAUUGAAACGGCGACAGAAAUAAUGAAAAUUAUUACUGAUCAUUUUGAAGCAAAUUCCUCUGCCAUUGAUCAUGUGACAGAUUCUUUCGUCGAUGUUGUUGAUAGUCUUAUCAGCAAUAGGACAACCAAUUCAUGGGGCGCUCUAAUGAACAAGGGCGGAGCUGCCACGGUUAUCAAUGUACUGGAUGAGUUUAUAUCGAAAGUUGCAAACAACAGUGCUGUGUUAAAACAAAACCUGACCGUUGCAAAAGAAAACAUUUUUCUUGAAAUAGGCUCUGUGGAGCAAUGCUCAAAGAUAAAGUUUCCAGAUAGCGAGAAAAACGGAAAUGUACCAGAGUGGGCUAUAACGCGACAUGACACUGUUGAAGUUGCAUGCCGUGGAACUGGUGGAUUGACGUUUAGUGGUUCCCUCUUCAGGAAUAUGACGUCGAUAAUGUCAUCAAAAACUAAAGAUUCGAUGCAUAUGGAAAUAAAUGCCCCGGUUCUUGCGUUCAGCGUGCACGAUUCCAUAACGGCUUCUGAUGCACAGAACAUCACCUUAGUAUUCGAACUAUUUAAUACAGACUUAGCAAACCCGUCUUGCAGUUUCUGGGAAAAGGGUAAUUCAAGUGGUGAAGGCUUCUGGUCUAGCGACGGAUGCAAACUGGUAGAAUAUAACCAACAGACUGGACUUGUAACAUGCUCAUGCAAUCAUCUCACCAACUUUGCUGUCCUGAUGAGUCCAGCCGUUACAGUAGAAAAGAUCCAUCAUCAGGCUCUCAGUGCUAUUACAGUGGUUGGAUGUUGUCUGUCCCUGGCAGGUCUUGUAACAACGUCAGUAAUUUACGUAUACUGUUGGAGGAUGGUAAAGUCAAACCGAGCAACCUUGCUGUUAAACCUGUGUGCAGCUCUGUUCGUUGCGUACCUAACGUUCCUCAUAGGAAUUAAGCGCACACAAACAAUGGGCGCUUGUACAUUUACCGCCGUGUUGCUUCACUACGUGUAUCUCGUGGCAUUCUUCCUGAUGUUGGCAGAGGGAGGCAGUAUUGCGUUGAUGGUGCUGAGUCCGCUAAACAAGAGGGAUUGUGUCCCUUACUUCUUGGCAGGAGCAUAUGGUAUUCCUGCCGUAAUUGUUGGUGUGUCUAUGGUCGCGACAAAGUUAGACGGUUACGGCAAUGACAGAUUCUGCUGGUUGUCCGUGGAGUCAGGUCUGUUUUGGGCGUUUGCAGGACCGGUCCUUGCCAUAGUCGUGACAAACCUGAUUAUCCUGGUGCUCGUGUUGAAACAAUUGUUCGGAGUUGCCGCUAUGUCAAAGAAAACAGAAGCUGAGAAAGUCAAGACCGGUGUUCGUAGUGUGUGUAUUCUACUUCCUGUUCUGGGCCUCACCUGGGUGUUCGGCAUUUUUGCAGUCAACAAGGACACGCUCGUCUUCCAGUACGUGUUCGCCAUCUUCAACAGCCUGCAGGGAUUCCUGAUAUUUCUGGUACAAUGCGUGUUUGACAGAAAAGUACGCGACGCUCUCCGCCAGAGGAAGUUACCAUGGUUCACAUCUACCGACGUUCGUACCGGAGACACAGAGAUGAGGUCGACACAGAAAUCUACUUAACACAGUGUCGGUGUGUCCACAUAGAAAAGAGAGUCAAUACAAGGGCAAAGUACAAGGCGGCUCUACUCAUAUAAGUGUUGUAUUCGUGAUCAUUGGGUUGUAUCAUAAUGGCGAACCUUAUUCAAUUAUGCAUUACCGCUUUUAAUAUAAUUGUUUGUAUUAUAGUGAGAUGUAUUUAUGGAGUUUGUACAGUUUGAAAAGUAGUGAAUACUUAGUGCAAAUACAUUUUUAAAGUUUUUUUUUUUUUUUUUUUUGUUGUAAUUUAUGCUCAAUAUUUACCGCUUUUACUUUCGCAUUAAAGAGCUUUUUAAUACAGCAUUUAGUUUUAAAUUAUGAUAAAAUUUUGAUAAAAAAAACGACAAAGGGCAUGGACUUGUAUUAUAACAAUCUGGACUGUGGUGUUGUAUCCGUUCUUUGUUGACUGAGUAUGAUAGUAGAUUUUGCAAUGAAAGUUUGAUCGUGAAACAGUCAGAAGAUUUGACUGUACUUGCAAUACCGUUGCUUGGUAGAUAACCAUAAUCGUGUUGUUGUUUUUUUGCUUAAACAAAAGACUUAUGCAAUGUGUAUCCUUGUCAGAUAGAUAUAAGGAUUGUAACGACUUUUCAAAAAGUAUGUUGGUGUUUUAUUUUUUUAUAAAUAGUAUUUGUUUAAAGGCGUAUUUAAUUUCUUUUUAAUUUAUCUAUUUUCUUAAAUUUCUUAUAAAUAUGAUAAUUAAUGUGUAUGUUUUUUUCUGUUUCUAUAACAUGUAUGGUUUUAUUUUAUUUAUUUUCUCUUAUGGUUAAUAAAGAUAAAAAGUUCAA